AUGCAAGAUAGCAUAGUUUGGGAAAUUGGAGACAAGAGACAAUCACCUUUUGGAAGGACAAGUGGGUCGACUCUUCUAUUUGCCUUUUGGACCAUGUUCGAAGCAGUAUACCUGAAGAUUUCAGGGACUGCCGCCUCAAUCAAGUGGUUGGACAGUAUGUAUAUUUGGCACUGGAGAAAUGAAGUGGCCCACGAUAGCUCUCCCAAUGGGGAUCGUCACCUUGCUCGGCCAAUCCUUGACUACCUGAAGGCGAUUCAACUUGACUUUAUAGACACAAAGCCAAGACUGCAACUCCAUUUCUCUAGAGAGGUUAGUUGGCUGCCUCCUGUGACUCUGUAUGUUAAGUUAAAUAUAGAUGGAGCAUCAAAGGGUCAAACGACUGAAGCAACUUGUGGACGGCUUCUUCAAGACCAUAGGGGAGUUUUGCUGAAUGGGUUUACUGCAAGAAUUGGUCAUUGUGCUGCUUUACAAGCGGAACUGUGGGGUGUGUUAAAAAGGUUGGAGUUAGCUUUGGAGGCAAGUUGGAGAAAUGUUUUGUUGAAAGUGACUGUCAAAUAG